AUGGACCAAGAUCUCGACGUGUCCACGGACGAUCCGGAUCUGGAGGAGAGAGAGGAGCGACCAGGGCGGAAUCAUGUGAAGCCCACCUACUGCCUCGAGCUUCCUGGACACAUCCCCAAGGGCCUCACCACAAAGCCUCGAGAGGACUGGAAUAUCCACCCAUAUUUCUUCAUCGACGGCACCGAGUACCAAGUCAUUGGCAAGGUCGGAGGCGGUUCCUUCGGAACCGUUCAUGAGGCUUUGGAGGUGGUGGGCGCCGAGAAAGACAUCUGGCAGGCGCACCCCAUCCCAAUCGCUGUCAAGCACAGUUCUCCUCCGACGCAAGAACACUGGGAGGCUGCUCUCUUGGAAGCAAAGAUCCUUCAAGAGAUGGCAGACCCCUGCUUCGAUGGACUCCUGCCGAGGUACAUCAGCCAUGGCGUGAUCCCGCCGCCGCCGGGCAGUGGCAUCCAAGCUGAGGUUGUCCUGGCGAUGACAAAGCUACCAGGCAAAUCUCUGGAAUUUUGGAUGUACGGCAUUGACACGAAGUCGUUCAAGUCGGUCAGCCGGCAUUCGAAAGAUGGUCGAUGGGCACCUGCCCGGCGCUUGCGGCACAAGCACGGUACUUGGGGGACACGUUUGUUCCAUCCCAAGCUGGUGGCUGUGGGCAACUUAGCACGGUACUUGGGGACACGAUUACGUUACCAUCCCAAGCUGGUGGCUGUGAGCAACUUAGCACGGUACUUGGGGACACGAUUACGUUACCAUCCCAAGCUGGUGGCUGUGAGCAACUUAGCGACGGUACUUGGGGACACGAUUACGUUACCAUCCCAAGCUGGUGGCUGUGAGCAACUUAGCACGGUACUUGGGGACACGAUUACGUUACCAUCCCAAGCUGGUGGCUGUGAGCAACUUAGCACGGUACUUGGGGACACGAUUACGUUACCAUCCCAAGCUGGUGGCUGUGAGCAACUUAGCACGGUACUUGGGGACACGAUUACGUUACCAUCCCAAGCGGGUGGCUGUGGGCAACUUAGCACGGUACUUGGGGACACGAUUACGUUACCAUCCCAAGCGGGUGGCUGUGGGCAACUUAGCACGGUACUUGGGGACACGAUUACGUUACCAUCCCAAGCUGGUGGCUGUGAGCAACUUAGCACGGUACUUGGGGACACGAUUACGUUACCAUCCCAAGCGGGUGGCUGUGAGCAACUUAGCACGGUACUUGGGGACACGAUUACGUUACCAUCCCAAGCUGGUGGCUGUGAGCAACUUAGCACGGUACUUGGGGACACGAUUACGUUACCAUCCCAAGCAGGUGGCUGUGGGCAACUUAGCACGGUACUUGGGGACACGAUUACGUUACCAUCCCAAGCGGGUGGCUGUGAGCAACUUAGCACGGUACUUGGGGACACGAUUACGUUACCAUCCCAAGCGGGUGGCUGUGAGCAACUUAGCACGGUACUUGGGGACACGAUUACGUUACCAUCCCAAGCGGGUGGCUGUGAGCAACUUAGCACGGUACUUGGGGACACGAUUACGUUACCAUCCCAAGCGGGUGGCUGUGAGCAACUUAGCACGGUACUUGGGGACACGAUUACGUUACCAUCCCAAGCUGGUGGCUGUGAGCAACUUAGCACGGUACUUGGGGACACGAUUACGUUACCAUCCCAAGCUGGUGGCUGUGAGCAACUUAGCACGGUACUUGGGGACACGAUUACGUUACCAUCCCAAGCUGGUGGCUGUGGGCAACUUAGCACGGUACUUGGGGACACGAUUACGUUACCAUCCCAAACUGGUGGCUGUGGGCAACUUAGCACGGUACUUGGGGACACGAUUACGUUACCAUCCCAAGCUGAGUGGCUCACGGUACUUGGGGACACGAUUACGUUACCAUCCCAAGCGGGUGGCUGUGAGCAACUUAGCACGGUACUUGGGGACACGAUUACGUUACCAUCCCAAGCUGGUGGCUGUGGGCAACUUAGCACGGUACUUGGGGACACGAUUACGUUACCAUCCCAAGCUGGUGGCUGUGGGCAACUUAGCACGGUACUUGGGGACACGAUUACGUUACCAUCCCAAGCUGGUGGCUGUGAGCAACUUAGCACGGUACUUGGGGACACGAUUACGUUACCAUCCCAAGCGGGUGGCUGUGAGCAACUUAGCACGGUACUUGGGGACACGAUUACGUUACCAUCCCAAGCGGGUGGCUGUGAGCAACUUAGCACGGUACUUGGGGACACGAUUACGUUACCAUCCCAAGCGGGUGGCUGUGAGCAACUUAGCACGGUACUUGGGGACACGAUUACGUUACCAUCCCAAGCGGGUGGCUGUGAGCAACUUAGCACGGUACUUGGGGACACGAUUACGUUACCAUCCCAAGCGGGUGGCUGUGGGCAACUUAGCACGGUACUUGGGGACACGAUUACGUUACCAUCCCAAGCGGGUGGCUGUGAGCAACUUAGCACGGUACCUCUAAGAUCAGGUUAG